AGUCCCUAUCAAAGAAUAGUCAAAACUUGGACAUUUUUUACUUUGACCGUUACAAGGCACACAUGUGUUCAUUCAUAAUAAUAGAGCCAACUUUGAUUCUUUCUUUAAAUGAAGGAAUGUGUGAUAGAGUGAGGGAGUGAUCACUCUUCCUUCUUCUGGUUCUGAGUUCUAAGUUCUAAGUUCUAACCCACAUGAGGGAUACCAUGACCAUGACUGCUACUACUGAUCAUCAAUGGAUGCAGUUCUAUCAGCAACCUCUAAUGGAUGAUGGUAAUGGCCAUAACCAUGAUCAUGAACAUGAUCUUGAUCAUGAUGUUCAUGAUCAUUCUUUGGCACCAAACACAGAUGUGAUGAGAACUAGUCCACCUCCAACCAUGCCAUCAUCAGAGAGCAAUAGCAAUAGCAAUAGCAUCUCCAACCAAUUGACACCAAAGGGUAAUGUAUGCAAACCAAUAAGAAGAAGGUCUAGAGCUUCUAAGAGAACCCCCACCACCCUCCUCAAUGCCAACACCACAAAUUUUAGAGCUUUAGUACAACAAUUCACAGGGUGUCCUACCACAGCCAUAUCAACACUUGGGGUCCAUAAGGGUCCUAUCACCUUGAACUUCCAAAAAGGAAGCAGUGAACACAAGAUUCACCACCAUAACACAACAACUACUACACCACUGUUACCAUUUAGAACCUACAACAACAGCAGCAACAACAACAACAACAACAACCGGGUUCAUGUGCCUGCAUCACUUCCUUGGCAGAAGCAGGAGGAACAACAAAUGACUGAUCAGCAGCAGUUGUUGCAACAACAGAGAGGUUACUCCUAUGAUUAUGUCAAGAGCAGUGGUUUUAUUCCAAGUUCCGGUAACUCGGUUACCACCACUACUACCAUGGAUGUCUCUGACGGUUUGCUCUUGGAUAAUGAUUUUAGCUUGUCUGAUCUAACUAUGAAUGCCUUCCCCAAUGAUACCUUUUAUAAGAAUGAAUUAUAGAUAUGUUUCAUGCCAUCAAAAAUGUUUAGUUAUAAAAAGGGUUCAGUUAGUGAACCCUGUUAAUAUCAGAAAAACAAAGUGGACUUUAGUUAUAUUCAGCUCAUAUGUAUGCAUAUGCUUUUACAGAAACAAUAAUUCAUAAAUCCUUUAUGCCUUAGUUUCCAAA